AUAAGUACUAUCUUGUAGCUAGGCCUAACAUAUAUCAUCAGAGCGUUUCUCUCAAUUCUUUCUUCCUGGCCAAGACAAGCGAGACUGCUCUCCUGUUGAUUUUCGCACAUUAAUUAUAACCUAGCGAUCUCGUUUUUGUACUCGAUCGUUGUCCCUUCCUUCGUUUGGUGAAGGGUUUCCAUGGCUGCCCGAAGGUUAUACAGUCGAAUACUUCCCGUCUUAGUUCCUAGGCGGUGCCAACCUUCUUCUAUCUCAGGAGAACAUUCCAAAUUAUCUUCAUCAGGAAUUCCUGCUUUCAACAUACAUGAGUACCUGAGAAGGACAAUCCGGACAAACAGUCAACUUAUUGACCAUGGAUCUGAGCAAUUCCAAAAGAAAGCAGAUUGCAGCUUAAUGAACAAGAGUCCCACAGGAAAAGAACAGCAAGACCCGGAGUUGGAUUCCUAUAGUGCUCUAAAAGACAGUGCUACUUCUAGCCUGAAGGCUUCUCCUAGGCAUGACCUUGCCAUGAUCUAUACGUGUAAGGUAUGUGAAACAAGGUCUGCGAAGACUGUGUGCCGUGAAUCUUAUGAGAAAGGUGUGGUUGUGGUGCGUUGUGGUGGGUGCAACAACCUUCACCUAAUUGCAGACCGGCUGGGGUGGUUUGGACAGCCGGGGAGCAUAGAGGACCUCCUUGCUGCUCGUGGAGAGGAAGUGAAGAAGGGUUCAGUCGAUUCCUUAAGUCUAACCCUUGAAGAUUUGGCUGGAAAGAAACUUUGAAUAGACCAAACAGGAAGAAACAUUGAGGUGAAAAUAGAUGUUUUGGAAUGCUGGAGUUUAAUUUUCAUAUCAGUGGAUUUUUUUUUAAAUUUGGAUAAGUUGGAUUAUUAGACUUAAAAGUUUAAACUAUAUAAAUUCCUAAGUAGUCAUCCCUAUUUGAAUUUGGGUGGUUCAGUUACUGGGGAGGAGUCAUGCACUAAGUGUUCACCAUAAUCUGUAUGAAAUUUUGCUUCUAUAGAGUAUUUUGAAUGUUUGAUAUCUUUAUGGCACCAACUUUCUUGUUUAACUGCUAUGGAGUCGGGA